AUGAAAUUCGUUUUAUUGUUAUUGUAUACCGUUUCUUUUUAAGGUAUCCUGGGUGAAACUGUUCAAGUGAAGGAUAAAUGUUAAUGCAGCCAUAUAUAAUUAAUCGAGGAUUGUAUCAUUGAUUGUCAAUGGGAUUAUGAUACUUAGAAGUGUUAGGAUCAAAAUCGUCCAUUAAUAAGAACAGGCUAUUGUUCAAACUUACGGGACAAUUGCAACAAAACCUAAGGUUGUGCGAAUUAUAAUGGAGUGUGUGUUCCAUUCACAGGAUGCAGUGCAAUAAAAAGAAAUACUAAUUAUGAAUGUCAAAUGUAUUCAGAACUUUGCAUAACUGACGGUUCAAAAUGUGUAGAGAAGAGUGUUUGCGCAGAUUACAAAACUAGAUUCUCAUGUCGCAAUAAUUAUAUUAAUUAUGAAUGGUCUGGGUUUUGUUAUUGGGACAAGAAGGAAUGUAAGAAUGCUGAGAGUUGUCAUGAAUUAUCAUUCGGUUUGAAGAAUGAUGCAGAAUGCAGAGAACAGUUGAGUUGGUGUACAUUUAAAUAAGGAGGAGGUUGUGAAGAUUCAGGAGUAUAGUGCAAAGAUCAGAAAUUCUAAUAGCAAUGUGUGACAAAUAGAAAGAGGAAUGUGAAAUGUUUUUGGGAUGGAUUAGCAUGCAAUGAUUAUUCUUGUAAGUACAUUAAAGGUGAUUGUAUAAAGAAUGGAUGUUCAAUAGAUAAGGAUUCAUAUUGUAUGGACAGAUUAGAAUGUGAAGAAUACACUAUUUAGAAAUCAUGCACUUACAAUAAAUCAAAUGUUUAAUGUAUGUGGGAAGCCAAUCAAUGUAGAAUUAAAUCAUGCGAAAAUGCUAGUGCAAAUAGACAAACUAAUUAAUAAUGUUAAGAAAUUGAUUCAAUCUGUAUUACCAAGUUUGGAGGAGGAUGCAAGAAGAAUGGGGAAUGUGGAGAGGCCAACAGUAAACAAGGAUGUUCGUAGAAUACCAGAGGAGAUGAAUGCUAUUGGAACGGGUAUUUGUGUGUCAUAAAAUAAUGUCAAUGGGCACCUGCUGCUUAUUAUAAGGAGAAGGAUAUAUGUAAAGACUUUUAAUCAGAUUGUGUAUAUGGUAAAGAAAUGUGCAUUGAAGCUGGGUGUUAAGCAUAAUCAACUCAAGAUAAAUGCAAUGAGUCUAAGUAAUGCAAAUGGAUGAGUAAGUGUGAUGUAAAAACUUGCGAGACUGCUGGAAGAAAUGUAACUUACACUACUCAUUAGGAUUGUCAAAAUUAUCUAUCAAAUUGCACAUUGUCAGAUUCAGGAAUAGGAUGCAUGUUGAUGAGAUACUCUUGUAAUCAAUAUACUAGAUAGAUUUAAUGUUAUCAUUCUAUUUUGAGUAAAUGUACAUGGCACAAUAAUUAAUGUUUGGAAAGUAAAUGCGAGUAUUAUAAUUAUUCUACACAUGAAGAUUGUAAUUAUGAGUUGCAGACUUGCACUAGUGAUGGAUCUUAAUGUAUAUCACUCAAAUCAAAUUGCUCUUAAUAUACUCAAAUGGAAUCAUGUAAGAUUAACAAGCAAAAUUAUAAAUGCUCUUGGAAGAAUGGAGAGAAAGACGAAUGUGUUGAUCUCACUUGUGAUAUGAUUUCAAAAAGUGAGAAUUAUAGUACUCAUUAAGAUUGUAAUACAUAAUCACCAAAAUGCACUGUUUUGGAAAGGAUUACGGGGUGUAUUGAAACGCCCUCUGAUUGUAGUUUGUUAAAUUAAUAGUAAUGUUAUGGAAAGAAGUGCAUCUAUUCAAAUGGAGAGUGUCGAGAAAAGUAAUGUAGUGAUUACAAAGGAGAUAUUACUUAAAACAAUUGUGAAGCCUUUAUUGAAGGUAAAAAAUGCAUGAGAGGCCCUGGUUUGAUUCCUAAUAGUUGUGUUGCUAAGGUUGCAGAAUGUAGAGAUAUCUAAUAGGAGUAUUAAUGUGAGGACUUUAAAGAUAUUAAUAACAAUAAAUGCAGAUGGGACUAUUCAUUCUGUAUUAAAUAGUAAGAAAUUCUAAUUCGCAAAUAAUCUAACAAUACUUGCAUUAAUGGUUCAACAUCUUUUGAUGAAAACUUUUGUAUUAAAUAAAAAUCAUGCACAGAUCCAGCAAUAGCCACAGCGGAUUACACAGAUGAAAUAUGUGAAAAUUAUUUGAUAACUUGUUAAAUGUAAGAUACUAAGUUGUGUAAGAUAAAAAGUGAUCUUGAUAGCAACAAUUGCGGUUUUUAUAAAACUAAAACAAAUUGCAUUUAGUAAUCUCAUUGCUAUUGGGCAAAUAGUUGUAAGGGAAUACAGAAUAGUUGUGAUGCAUUAGAAACUAAAGACGAUUGUUAAGACAACAAAGACACUUCAGGGACAUUCUGUAUUUGGGAUGCUGAUCAUUCAUCUUGUAAAAAUAUUUGUGAUACAUUGUCUUCUAAGAAUCAAUCAUGUUCAACUCAGGAUUCAAAAUGUGUACUCAAAGGUGAAGACACUAGCAAGUGCAUUAAAAAGAAGCAAAAUUGUUCUGAUUACACCCGGUCAAGAGAGGAAUGUCAGGAUGACGACAGAUGUACAUACAAUUCAAACGAACUAUGUGUUGAAAAGCAGUGCUCUGAUCUAACAGAUAGUGUCUCACACGAUGAAUGCAAUUCUUAUAAAUCAGAAUGCACAAUUGCAUAUCCUGGAGGAUGCUCCAAUUUAUAAUCCAAAUGUUCAGAUUACAAGACUCAAAUUUAGUGCGUAAUUAAUAACGACUCCAAACCUUGCUAUUGGUCUGAAUAUAAAGGAUGCGUUGAUAAAAAAUGUGCGGAGAUUAGUUAUGAUCCAACAGUAGGUGAAGAAAGUUAGUACUUAACAUUUUGUUAUUUCGAUAAAGAAGCCAAGAAAUAUGUAGAUUUAUCAGAUUCUUGUACUAAGUAUUCCACUGAAAUAUAAUGUCAAAAAUAGCUAGAUGGUUACGAGUGCAUAUGGCAAGACGAUAAAUGUAAGCAGGCUACUUGUGAAACUAUUAUAUUGGGUGAGUACAAUCAUUAAGAAUGUUAUAAUCAAAAUGAGAAAUUAAAAUGCACGGUGAAUUUAAGUAAGGAUAAAUGCACUAAUUUGUUUUCAGAUUGCAAACAAUAUUCAACAUAAGAAUAAUGUGUUACAACAACCAGUAAUGAAGGUUGUGUUUGGAACUCAAAUUAUUAAACUUGUAAUUUCAAAACUUGUUAAGACAAAGAUAUAACUGAUGAAAUGAAAUGUUCUGAUUAUCUGUCAACUUGUAUUGAUAGCAUAACAAAAUGCAGAAACCUCAUUUGCGAAGACUACGAAUAUGAUAACGAUGUGGAUUGUAGAAAUUCAGAUAGUAGAUGCACAUCCAAUGGUCGUUUUUGUAUAUUGCGAGGAACUUGCGAGCAAAACUAGUAUAAAUAAGCUUGCAAUAUAGAUGUCAACAAUAAACUGUGCAGUUGGAAUUACAAUAAGAAUCAAUGUAGUUUUGUUUAAUGCAGAGAUGCUCCAAAUACAUUGACUCGUACCUAAGAUUGUGAAACAUACUUUCCGAAUUAGAGUUGUGUCACUAAAACAGGAGGAGGGUGUCUUGUGGCAACUAGUUGUUAUGAUUUAAUUCAGUUUGAUUGUGAACAAAGUAAAACCCUCGAUUGUAUUUGGGACAAUGAUGUAUGUCGAUUUAAAGAGUGUAAAGAUUACAAAACUACUUAUGUCUUGGAUUGUCAAAGCAAAUCUUUGAAUUGUACCACUGAUGGUGUCACAUGUGUGGAAAUGAAAAAUUGUGCGUAGUAUUAUUCUAAGUAAACUUGCAAUAUUGGCACUGACGGAGUUUGCAUUUAUUUGGAUGAUCGUUGCCAACCUUAUAAGAAUUGUUAGUCAAUUUAUUACACUUCUCAUUAAUAAUGUUAUGAUUCUUUGCAAUAGUAAUGCACAUCAAAUGGAACCUAGUGCAUACCCAUAACCUUUUGUAAUGAAUACAAAGAUAAAAUAUCAUGUGUUCUGGGAAUCGAUGGAGAUUGUGGUUGGGAAAGCUCAAAAUGUGUAAAGUUUUCGUCCUGUGGCGAUUAUCAUUUCAAAACUCACGAAGAGUGCAAUUCAAUCAAUUCAAGCUGCACAACUGAUACAGUAGGUUUGUGUAUUUAAUUAUUAGAAUGCUCUAAAUACGGACAAAAAAAUUGCAUGCUUGAUAAAAAUGGAGUGGUUAAAAAAGAUGGGUUAAUCAUCAAACAAAAUUAAUGUGUAUGGAAAAACUAAGAAUGUACUUCUAUUACAUGUUAAGAUAUGUAUGGAACCAAUCAUUCAAGUUGUUAUAGUUAAAUGUCCACUUGCACUUCAGAUGGUACAAAGUGUCUAGUCAUGGAAUCGGAAUGUUCAUCCUAUUCCUAAACUAUUUGUGAAUACGCAUAUAGUAAAGAGGGUAAAUGCUCUUACGUAUCAUCCAAGUGUUCCAAAGUUGAUUGCUCGACUAUAACUAUAGAGAAUUAGUGCAAAGGACUUAAGCAUUGUCAAUUUAUCAAUGGAUCCUGUCAAUCUUACAUUAAAUGUUAAGAAUACAAAACAGAGAAGGAUUGUACUGUAGGUACUGAUGGUCAAUGUGUAUUCACGAACUCUAAAUGUAGUUUAAUGACUGAUUGCACUCAUGCUAAUUAACAAAAAUUAUGCCCAACCAGAACUUGUUAUUGGAAUGAAAAAGACUCUACUUGUCAACAACAUACGUGUAAUACCUAUGCCCUUUAGAAUUCUUGUGGAUCAUUUUAUAAUUUUAAAAAUACUGUGAUCACCUACUGUGCUUUCAAUGAAGAAGAUCGUGCAUGUAAAGAAACCAGUCCCAGCUUGUUUACUCCUGUUGAUUGUUACAAAAAAUCAUUCGGAUAUUUCUCAAACAACAAUGGAACAUGCUCGUCUUGUAGUAUUAAAUAAAAUAACACUGAUAAUAAUCAUAAUAAUACAGAUAAUGGUACUGGCACAAAUUCUUACAACGCUGUUAAUUUUGCCCUCAUUAUAAUCGUAUUAUUAAUUGUCAAUUGA